AUGGGGGUACUAAAAUACUUACGUGUCGUUAUAUUUUUGCUGUUACUUGGUACAAUACUUAAUUAUUUUCUCGACGAUGGCUUACAAUAUAUCAGUUAUUAUUACAUCUCGAAGCCAACCGGUAAAAACAACAAAGAAAAAUUCAUACUAGUUCAUGACUCUAACAGCACCUAUCAUAAUUCCAAUAGCAGUGAGUCGGACCAGGUUCUGAUUACUAAUGCACAUUUCAAGCCGGUCAUUAGUUCUAAAGCUGUUUAUUCUGCAGUUAAUAACACUUUCAGUCCUGAUUCCUUUUUUCGUGUAGUUUUCAAUGGUUCAACGAAUACUCAGUUGUCAGAUUCGUAUACAAAAAGACCUUUCAAACUUUUAAAUGCAUCUGAAGGAGUCAAACAUGUUACGCGUAAUGCUGUUACACAACAUUACAAAUUGAAAGUGUCUCAUCGUCUUAAGGAAUCUUUCUCUUUUUUUGAUUCUGCAGGCAAAAUAUCCAGCGGCAGUAACAUCGCAUUUACAACAGUCGAAACUGCGCCUUUCGCAAUGAUACAUCAAAAUUGUAGCUUGCCAAAAUGUCCUGCUACACCACCUGGUUUGGUUGGUCCCAUUAAAGUAUGGUUUGAUGAACCCACAUUCGAAGAAAUUGAACGCUUAAAUCCUUAUUUAGAACUUGGUGGUCAUGGAAAACCGAAAAAUUGUCUGGCUCGUCAUAGAGUUGCGAUUGUUAUACCGUAUAGAGAUCGGGAAGCUCAUUUACGUAUUUUGUUGCACAAUCUUCAUUCUUUACUCACCAAACAGCAACUCGAUUAUGCAGUUUUCGUAGUCGAGCAAUAUGAAAAUGAAACAUUCAAUCGUGGCAAGUUAAUGAAUGUGGGGUAUACCGAGGCAAUGAAACUUUACGACUGGCAGUGUCUGGUUUUUCAUGAUGUUGACUUAUUACCAGAAGAUGAUCGUAAUAUUUACUCAUGUCCUGAUCAACCAAGGCAUAUGAGUGUUGCAAUCGACAAGUUUCAUUACAAAUUACCAUAUCGGUCAAUAUUUGGGGGUAUAAGUGCAAUUACGACGGAGCAGUUCAGAAAAAUUAACGGAUUUUCGAACGAUUAUUGGGGAUGGGGUGGAGAAGAUGAUGAUCUCUCCACAAGAGUAACCUCUGCUGGAUAUAAAAUCAUGCGAUAUCCUUCUGAAAUCGCUCGGUAUAAAAUGAUCAAACAUAAGUCAGAAACAAAAAAUCCAGUUAAUAGAUGUCGAUAUGAAUUAAUGGCGCAAACAAAAAUGCGCUUGCAUACCGAUGGAGUUUCGUCGCUGAAGUAUAAACUAUACGAUUUGCAACUGCGGCCGUUAUUUACACAUCUCAAAGUCAAGUUGUUAGAAACCCAAUCUAAAAUAGAUUUACGGAAGCAGGGUUUUAAAAACUGCUAA